AAGGGCAACGCAGACAGGGCAGGGCAGGGCCUCUCCGGUUGGCAAAUGGCAACCCGAACCCAGUAAAGUCCGCGCCGUGCCGUCCGUUGAAGCGGCCACGUAAACGACCCGGACGGCUUUGACGCGGUCCACGCUUUGCUCCUCGCUAGAGCCGCUACCGUCGUCCUCAUCCUUUUUAACGCAGCAAAGCGCGCACCAAAUUGCACCUACCCAUUUCGCUAAUCUCCCUCCACGACCACGAGCCGACCAAAUCGAAUCGAAUCGCGGGGCCGCGCGCACCGCGCAGCAGCGAUUGCCGGCGAUGGCGAGCCUCACCCUGCCGCCGGCGCCCCCGAACCCACGCCAGGACGCCAUCGACCUCCACAAGGCCUUCAAAGGGUUUGGCUGUGAUAGUACAGCAGUGAUAAACAUACUUACUCAUCGCGAUUCAGUUCAGCGUGGACUUAUUCAACAGGAAUACAGGGCUAUGUAUCAUGAGGAACUCUUCCAUCGUAUUUCAUCUGAACUCAGUGGAAACCACAAGAAAGCUAUGUCGCUGUGGAUUCUUGAUCCUGCUGGACGUGAUGCAACUGUUUUGAGAGAAGCUCUAAGCGGUGACACUAUGGAUCUGAGAGCAGCCACUGAGAUUAUAUGUUCCAGGACACCAUCACAGUUGCAAAUAAUGAAACAGACUUAUUAUGCUAGAUUCGGUACUUAUCUUGAGCAUGACAUUGGUCACCACACAUCUGGCGAUCACCAGAAGCUUUUACUUGCCUAUGUGGGGAUUCCACGCUAUGAAGGUCCUGAGGUUGAUCCUACCAUUGUGACACAUGAUGCAAAGGAUUUGUACAAAGCUGGUGAGAAAAGGCUGGGUACGGAUGAGAAGACCUUUAUCCGUGUUUUCACUGAACGCAGUUGGGCACACUUGGCAUCUGUUUCUUCUGCUUACCAUCAUAUGUAUGACCGGAAAUUAGAGAAGGUUGUCAAGAGCGAAACAUCUGGAAACUUUGAAUUUGCACUUUUGACUAUCCUCAGAUGCGCGGAAAACCCAGCGAAGUAUUUUGCUAAGCUCUUACGAAAGGCCAUGAAAGGUUUAGGCACCGAUGAGAAGACACUUACAAGGGUCGUGGUGACGAGGACUGAGAUUGACAUGCAAUAUAUCAAGGCAGAGUACUUCAAGAAGUAUAAGAAGCCAUUAGCUGAGGCUAUCAACUCCGAAACAUCAGGAAACUAUCGGGCGUUCCUUCUUUCACUUGUUGGUCAUGGCCAUUAGGCUAUGUUUCGACCAUGGGAGAUGAUAUUCCAUCGAUCCACCCUAAAUGCAGCGAUCUACCGGGAAAACUUAUGAUGUUGCCAUUUAUCUGUCGUGACUCGUGGAUUCGUCUAACUGCCACAUAUGUGGUUCCUAGUAUGCUUGUCUAAUGUAUUUGUGUAUAUAUUUGGAUUGAAAGUGGGUUUCUUGUUGGAAAAUUCUGGAUGGAGCACUAGAGCUGUUGCUGGUCACGGUGGGCUUGACUUGACUUGUCUCUAUGACACCAAUAAUAUUAUGUAAUGUUUGUGUGUGGUCAUUCCAUUUCUUUCGUCAGCGAAUCAGUUAUUAUAUUGUAUUUUGCUA